AUGGCGCACUCCAAACGCAACACCUCCCUUCCCCACUUCACCUCCUACGAGCGCUCCCUCCUCCGCACAGCCUGGGGCACCCAGCGCGGCGUCAUCGGCCGCGACUCCUUCCUCCCCUUCGGAUCUUGCCGCCUCUGCCUGCACCCCUCACGCUCACCAAGCGUAGCAUGCGCCACAAACGGCGAUCUAUUCUGCCGCGAGUGCGCGAUAAACGACCUCCUCGCGCAGCGGAAGGAGAUUGCGCGGCUGGAAAAAGAGCGGGAGGAGGCGCGGAGGCGUCUGGAGGAGGAGAGUGGGCGGGAAGCGGAACAAGCGAAGGACAGGGAGGUGCGGGAGUUUGAGAUGGUCAGUAUGGGGUUUGAUGAUGGGGGGAAUGUGAACAAGAAGAGGAAGGUUAGUGUUGAGGAUGAUGAGGUUUGGGAACGGGUUAAGAAGAGAGAGGUGGAUGUAGGGGGUGGGGUGAAGAAGAAGGUGUUUGAGUUGGAUGAGAAGGCUGUUGAGGGUGUUAUUCGGAGGGAGAGGGAGAGGUUGAGGGAGGAGAUUAAGAAGGAGAAGGUUUGCUGGCUCUAUACUUCUCCCGACGUGCUGGGUUGGUUUGCUGAUGAUGCGUCGUGGCAGUCCGAAUCGAACAAAUCGGCCCUCCCGUCAUUUUGGGUACCCUCUUUGACGCCCGGUACGGAUCCGAACGAAAUCGCCGCGAAUAUGAAGGUCAAAUUAAGCCCGAUAUGCCCGGGUUCCACGGAAUCAAAUAAACACGGUUAUUCGCUGAAGUCGCUGGUCGAUGUGCAUUUCACCGAGGAGGCCGGCGCUGAUGGAGCCAUGGUGCGGGUGUGUCCGAGCUGUAAGAAGACGUUGACGAAUACUGUCAAAGUGAUGCGUACGCUACCCUUCUUCUCUGCUCCUAUAUUCAAUGUCUGUACUAAUACUUGCUCUGUACAGUUACAAAACCCUGCGGCCACGUUAUAUGUAAGCCAUGCGUGGAUAAGUUCAUGA